AUGUCUGCGAUCAAGUCGUAUAUGAUCAACCUGUUCGCGCCGUGGCUGGAUCGCGAAGUCUUACGGCUCCACUUCAUUCCCGAUCCUGACGGUGAAUUGUCCGUCACUCGUAAUCCCUCAUCAGUACUUGGGACGCAUACCAGCAUUACGAAAAUCCAGGACGCGGGAGAUGACGAAAGCGGAGGAAACGUGUGCGAUGCUAGUGGAGAUACAGAUGUGAUUUCUCCGGGGCCGAUAGACGGUGCGCUUGGAGUUGCAGGACUGACCUCGGACUAUCAAGUUGUAUGCCACUCGAUUCUUGCUAUACUGGAAACCACUUUACUCACAAACAACCCAGGUCAACAACCGAACUCGGAGAGCGUCUUUGUGAACGGCGUUCGGCGCGGUAAUCCACCGGACAUCUCGCCGCUACACGCUUAG